AUGCGCUUCAAAUUGCUCCUCAAUGUUGCUUUCUGGGCCCAAGGGCUUCUCUUGCCUGCACGAGCUGCGGUGAUAAACUCUACCAGUGUCUUCACUCCCAAGGCAAUUGCAACGGGGCAAGAUAUCAAAUGGCCAGAUUCUUCGCCCAAGGCUUUUAGUCUCGAUUCCGAGUCGCCUUUUGCGACCAUCGAUUAUGGAUCGGAGGUGGCCGGGUAUCCUUUCUUCCAAGUCAGCACUUUAGAAGGGCCGGUUCAAAUUGAAGUGAAGUAUAGCGAGCCCUAUCAUGGUCGGCAGCACCCGUGGAGUGAUGGGCCGUACAGCUUCGCGACAAGUCUGUCCAACGUGGCCCGAGUGGAGACUUUCGAAGUUACGCAUACCGGAAAGCUACAGUCUCCUCUGAUAAAGAGAGGUCAGCGAUGGCAAUCUAUUCGCCUCGUUGCUGGAAAGAGCGUUAUGUUUUCCGCGGUGGGUUCCACAGUGACAAUGCUGUGUUCAACGAAAAUUUGGAAGCCUGGCGCGAAGGCAGCGAGCCUGGCAUGUCUCGAAAAUGGCACACAAGGUCCUAUCUGGACGAUCGAUCCAGUGAAAGGUGCCUUUGUGCAUAGCACCCGGGCCCCGCCAAACGUGGAGACUGCAACAUUCGAAAACUAUACACUGGUUUUUGAAGCUUUCAUUGAGAGAGCUGGUGUCUGGUGGACAAUGGUGAAUUGCCCAAAAAAAACCACAUUUGCUAACAUUAACAAAACUCUCACUCCUGCAAACAGCAUCUUGCUGGCGAAGGGCUAUGACUUUGUCAAUCAAACGACGCUAGAGACAUAUUUACUUGACACCUUCACCAUCCCUUUUGUAGUGCACGAAAAGCAAUGGUACAAGAUAGCGACUGUCCUUUCUGGCGGGGACCGAAUUUCCGUCCAAAUCAAUGGCACACAGGUCUUCAACACCUCCCUGUCUGAUUAUUAUACCGGAGGCUCGGCAGUCUCAUUGAGUGGUGCGAUUGGCUUCGGAUGGGAUAUCACCCCAUCAACCACUGUUCAGGCUUUCGGUGAGCGUGGCGAGUAUCCGGCUCUGGAGGACUACCAAAUGCUAGGGUUCUUGAGCUUUUAUCAUUAUGUGAAUCAAACCAAUGACUUCGACUACGCUGCUCAUACUUGGUCGCAAUGGCGAAAGCAGAUGCAUUGGAUGCUCUCUACGAGGAAUUCUAUAGAUGGGUUGAUCGACCUGGCCAGCGCCUUUCUGGGUGUCAGCUCGGGUGGCUCGGCUGUUGGCUGCCUUACAGUUGAAACGCUCAAAGGCGCUGCUGGGAUUGCUGAGGCAUUGGGACACGCCGCUGAUGCAAAGAAGUAUCAAAGAACUGCACAUGAUCUGGUCCUCCAAUCCAUCAACGCUCAUCUUUGGAAUGAAAAGCUUGGAGCACACGCAGAGAGUCAGUAA